AUUGCUAUCGAAAAUAACAUGAAAUCAACACUGUUUAUCCCUCCCUCUUCCCUCAGGUGCUUCCCCUAUCCCUGCCUGUAUAUCGCGUGCUUUUCCCGCGUUACGAAAAAGUUUUCUCCCUUCCCGUUCGGGCAUCCAUCAUCAACAUUAGCCUCAGCCAGUCAACAUAACACCGUAGCAUAGUUAGCGACUUGACGCGUUUUAACGGUGACGGUUUGUACCAUUCGUUAUCUCGCGGCGCGCGAAAAUUUUCGAAAUAUAUUGAAAUAUCGGUUUGUGAUCGUACACAAUGGGCAAUGCUAAGGAAGUUUUGGGCCUAAACGACGUUUCGUCAUCAAAGGCGGUCAGCCAACUGUUGAAAGCUCUCCUUGCCGAAUUUUUGGGCAAUUUCCUGUUGAAUUUCUUCGGAUGCGGAUCGGUGGUGAUAAUGCAGAGUACCGCCGAAGGUGCCAGACCAAAUUUCGUCUUCGUAGCGCUCACUUUUGGACUGAUUAUUUUUAUAGGAGUACAGGCUCUAGGCCAUGUCAGUGGAGCACAUUUCAAUCCUGCUGUGACAGUUGGACUUUUUUCAGUUUGUAAAAUCAACCUGAUCAAAAGCUUACUAUAUAUUGUAGUACAGUGUAUCGGUGCCUUAGCAGGAUCUGGCACUCUUAAGGCUCUUCUGCCUGAAAUCUACCACUACGCUGGACUGGGAAAUACUGCCUUAAAUCCCACUUUGACGGCUCUUCAAGGAUUUGGUUUCGAAUUUUUCUUGGGCUUCGUUCUCGUACUCGUGGUCUGCGGUGUAUGUGAUCCUAACAGGCCUGAAGCUAAAGCUGCUGGUCCACUCGCCAUCGGCAUUGCUGUCGCUGUUGGACAUCUAGGCGCUAUUGGCUUCACCGGAUCAUCCAUGAACCCAGCAAGGAGCUUCGGAAGUGCCCUCAUAGCUUCACAAUGGAACGAUCACUGGAUCUACUGGGUAGGGCCAAUCUUAGGAGGUAUAGCAGCGGCCCAGAUCUACCAAAACGUUCUAAAAGCACCAUCACUAGACGAACAUAUCGUGGAAAGUUAAAGAGAUUGGACGUCACUAAAGACAACUUUGCGUGAAGAAUCACCCAGUGCAAUGUAUCACUAGAAGUACAACGUUGAGAAGGAAAAUUGUGUGCCUCAAAUUUAACGAUAUUUAAUAAGAAUUAUUUAUUUUGUGUUCACUUAAUAUUAAGCUGGGCAUUUAGUCGUGGAGUUGCUUAAUUGUUAUUAUUAGAUGUAAGUUUGUAUGCUUAAUGUUAAAUUAAUCACUGUAUAUAAAGUUCAUGUAUUAAUAAAGAAGAUUGUCAUUUUUU